GCAGCGCCAGAAUGCAAACCGCGUUCCCAAACGACCCCUUAAGAUGGCAAAGCCUCUCUCUCUCUCACUUAAACACACCAUGAUCAAGAAGGUGUUAGCCUUUGUUUUCAUCAUCUUCUCUAUAGCUUGUAAUGCCAAGAAAGAAGACUGCUACCCUUCUUCUUGUGGAGUUAUCCCCAACAUCAGCUACCCAUUCUACUUAAAUUCCGAUCCUGCUCACUUUAGUAACUGUGGUUACAUCAACCUCUUCUGUGAAGACAAUCGGACAGUUCUGUUUAAUUUAUCAGUAAAAUACUAUGUCGAAGAGAUCUCAUAUAUUAAUCAGGAGAUCCGAGUCGUCCAUGCCGGUUUACAAAGAAAUAGUUGCUUUCCACUACCUCAAAAUUCCUAUAUGCAGACUUUCGGAUACUCAUACCAGUGGGAUCCUGCUACCCCAAUGGAAGAUGUUAUAUUUGUGAAUUGUUCUCAAUCAAUAGACGAUCCUUCGUAUAUAACUGCUCUCCCUUGCCUCAACAAAUCAACUAGUUCGUUUCUAUAUGUCCUUGUCGGCCAGAGGUCUGUGUCUGAUCUCGAGUUUUCUUGCGAGAAAGUAGCAGCUUCCCUAGCAGCGGGUGAAAAUCUUGGGAAUAAAUCUUACCUUGAAAUUCACCGUAUAUUGUUGAUGGGUUUACGCCUAAGAUGGUAUGAAUAUCAUUAUCGAGGUGUUGAACGGUGUCCACGAUUCACCACAUCGCCUUACUGCUUCUUCGAAGGAGUACUUUUCUUCAUACAAGGUCAUUUUCGCUAUGACUGGAUCCCAGUUAUAGAACGCAUUAUGAUCCCAAGAACUUCGAUUGGGAUAUUUUGCCUAGCUAUCUAUUUGAUCUACAAGUUAAGAAGGAGGCAUUUGUCAAUGGAUGAGACGAUCGAAGCGUUUUUAAGUAACUACAAGACUCACAUUCCUAAGAGAUACUCAUACUGGGGUAUUCUUAUGAUGACAAACCGAUUCAAAGAAAAAUUAGGACAAGGAGGCUUUGGCUCUGUUUACAAAGGGAAGCUUCCAAAUGGUCAUCUUGUCGCGGUAAAGAUGUUGGCUAAAUCGAAGGGCGAUGGGCAGGAUUUCAUCAACGAAGUUGCCACCAUCGGAAGGAUUCAUCAUGUCAAUAUAGUGCAACUAAUAGGAUUCUGCGCGGAGGGAUCUAAAAGGGCUCUCAUCUAUGACUUCAUGCCAAAUGGAUCUCUAGACAAACACAUUUUCUCACAAGAAGGGACAGCCAGCCCUUUGAGUUGGGAGAAGCUACAUGAGAUCGCAUUAGGAAUAGCUCGUGGGAUCGAGUAUCUGCAUCGGGGCUGCGACAUGCAGAUUCUACAUUUCGACAUCAAACCUCACAACAUUCUUCUCGACAAGGACUUCAUACCCAAGGUUUCAGACUUUGGUCUCGCGAAAUUCUUUCCAACAGAUGAUAGCAUUGUGUCGGUCACAGCUGCCAGGGGCACGAUAGGGUACAUGGCACCUGAACUCUUUUACCAUAACAUAGGAGGUGUGUCCUACAAGUCUGAUGUUUACAGUUUUGGAAUGUUGUUGAUGGAAAUUGCUGGGAGGAGGAAGAAUCUAAAUGCUUUUGCAGACAAAUCGAGCCAAAUCUACUUCCCGUCAUGGAUUUAUGAUCGUCUCGAGCAAGGUGGAAAUGUGGAAUUGGAGGAUGCUACGGAGGAUGAAAAGAUAUUGGCAAAGAAGUUUAUUAUAAUUGCACUGUGGUGCAUACAAAUGAAGCCUACUGAUCGUCCUUCAAUGAGCAAAGUUGUCGAGAUGCUAGAAGGAAGUGCAGAACUUCCACAAAUGCCACCCAAGCCUUUUCUGUCUUCUCCGCAACGGGUGCCUAAGGAAGACGAUGAAGCUACUACAAGUGCCUAAUGAAAAUCAAACUAUUCAACUGUUUGAUUCACUCUCACAAUAUUUUAAAUAUACAGUUAGAUUAUUUAAUGAAUUAGGGCUGCAUUUGGACAUUCAAUUGAAUAGAAUUGUAAUAAUAUUACAAUUCAAUUCAACAGAGUAAUUUACCACAUUUUAUUCAUAGUGAAGGAUUCACCUCAAAUUGAAAUUAGUGUUGUUUCAGUAACAGCUUGAAAUGCUUGAAAUUUCAAUUAGGGUUUUGCUCCUCAUUAUGAAUUAAAACAGUGGUAUCCACUUUGGCCAUUUCUUCAUAAUGAAUUGAGUGAAUUGCAGUUCAGUUCAAUUGAGAAUCCAAACACAGCCUAGAUCAUUAGAACAAUAGGAUGCUUUUAGUAUCAGAAGAAUAGUGCUAGUGUGCUUGCUGUUAUCUUCUCAACUUUCUUGUAAGGUUCAUGACAGUGCAUUUCUUGUUAUACAUGUCUGUUCCAACAGUCCCAAACCCAGUAAGAGGACUCUUAUUUAGCAAUGAAUAUCUGUUUACUUUGCA